GCAGUGCAGGUGCCGCCGGUGCAGCCCGUGCAGCCGGUGCAGCCCGUGCAGCCGCUGCAGCCCGUGCAGCCGCUGCAGCCCGUGCAGCCGCUGCAGCCAGAGCAGCCGGUGCAGCCUGUGCGGCCCGUGCAGCCAGUGCAGCCAGUGCAGCCACUGCAGCCACAGCAACCAAUGCAGCCGGUGCCUGAGCCGGAACCGGAGCAGCCUGUGCCGCAGCCGGAGUUUGAGAGCUCGGAGCUGGCAUCUUGGAAGCUUACCGUGCGGGUGGUGAGCGCAACCACACAGCGGCCUAUUCCAGGAGUUGCUGUGCGCUUAUUGAAGGAAGACAGAUCCUCUCUCUCCAGCGGCACUUCUAACGACGUGGGCGUGGUCGUUUUCCAAGUUCCCGGCAGCGAGUUAAAGGUCGUGGUGGACAUCAAAGCGGACGGUUACGGCCCGAAUGCACGACUUUACAAAUGGAAACAUCCCCAUGGAAGAAGAAGCGACU